GGGGAGAAACCCAGCAGAGAGGGGGAGAAACCCAGCAGAGAGGGGGAGAAACCCAGCAGAGAGGGGGACAGGCCGCGCAAAGACGGAGAAAAAAGGUCCAAAGAUGCAGACAAACUGUCUAAAGAUGGACCCAAACCCUCCAGACCCAACAGGAAACUUGGCCGAGCGAACAGGAAACCGGACCGCCCGUCCCGGCAGGCGGACCAACCCAAACGGGGAGAAAAAGGGCCAAAAACAAAGAGAAAAGGAGAAAAUUCGGGAGAAAGUGAGGGAGAGGUUGAGGGAGAGGGGGGAAGGCGAAGGAUCCGGAGACCAGAGAACUCAUCAAGAAGAGGAGGACCAAAAACCGCCAGAACCGACCGGGGGGGGAAGUUCUGGGAUCUGAAACGGUACGGAUACCAUACCCUGGAAGUGUCCUGCGUUCAUAAGACGGGAACGUCGAGGCUCUCAGCCUCUGCUCCCAGGACUCUCUGCCAAUCACCUUCCAGGCCUGCGUGAUGACCAAAGACUGCGACGUCACCGAGUGGUCUGAUUGGUCCGCCUGCUCCAAGGAGUGCUACGACCCCAACGGACCCAAAGGGGAUCGAACCAGGAGCCGGAAAGUGAGCCAGUUCCCCAUCGACGGAGGAGCCGACUGUCCUGAGUUGCUGGAAAAGGAGAGCUGCUCUGCUGGAGAGGAAGUGCCCCCCUGCAUUGUGUA